AACGAAACUUUACAUCCAAAACUUGAACAAUUUUCUUUCUUAAUUUGUUUCUUUGUCUGAAUUAUUGCAAUUGCAUCCUUCCAACGAAGAAAAAGAUGAUGAUCGGACGUGUAGUUAACGAGAUGGAGGUAGGCGUGCCUGCUGACGAUAUUUGGGCUGUGUAUAGCUCGCCGGAGCUGCCCAGACUCUUCGUCCAGCUUAUGCCCAAUGUCUACAAGAAAAUUGAUAUUCUUCAAGGUGAUGGAACGGUCGGCACUGUCUUACACAUCGAACUCGCCGAUGGGAUACCGGAGCCACGUACAUGGAAGGAGAAGUUCAUAAAGAUUGAUCAUCAACACCGGGAGAAGGUAGUCCGACAAAUUGAAGGAGGAUUUCUUGAUAUGGGGUUUCGUGUGUUCGAUGUUAUCUUCAAAAUCAUAGAGAAAGACGCCUGUUCGUGCAUCAUUCGAUCCACCACUGCUUUCGAGCUCGAUGAGAAGUUCGAAAACAACGCUAAUCUUAUUACUGCUGGUAAUUUAUGGGGAGCGGCCAAAGCAAUUUCAAACUAUGUCAUUCAGAACAAAUCAAAGAGGAGAAACCACUAAGUCCACCGAAUUUUAUGAUUCUUGAUUGGCGUCCCUUUAAUUCUUGGAUACUUUCCUCUGUUUUAAGUACUACUUGAGUCGUCAGUGUGUAUCAAGUUUUGUAUUCGGUAACAGGAUGUUGUUUGUCUAUAUAAAAAUAAAACAGUAACUCAGUGUGUAUAAAAUGUAAUUCAAUAAUUGAUCAUCACAUGCCUGGAAUUCUGGAAAUCACAAAAAUUUCGGUUGCAUAUUAAAAUAUCUAAGUUGAGUGCUUUCUCCGUUAA